UCUCUCUUUACAACAGCUGAAACCCUCUCCACCAACUGUCUGAUCUGAUAAAAAGUUCUCAACUUGUCACCUGGUCUUUACGUUAUUUGCAUGUUUAAUGAGAAGCGUAAUUACACCAGGCCCAUUAAAUGAAGGUAUAAUCAGCGAACAUCGUUCCCAAGUUUUUCCACUAAUACUGGCCAAACUGGUAACGUCUGGCGAGUUAGACAAGUUGAAAGCUAUGGAGAACUGACUAUCCCCAAUAGACAGAAAUUAAAUUAUAUGAGUUAAAUGGAACUCUUACAUUUACAAUUAAAAAAUCGAUAGAAGUGUAGAGGUUCCCUCAGUCUGUAGGUGAUCGUUCGAGUGAUAGUAUCGCUCGGUCGAAUUCGACUGGUCAAGAGCAGACGGAACAAUUAAUAUUGAAAAAUGAAAAUAGAUUUUGAAUACAUUUGUGGUUGGAACCGAUUUUUGAUGGAUUUGGCCGGAUUUUGGCCGAAGCCUCGAUCAAAUUUUAUCAGCAAACACUGGGCGUUGAUCAACGCCGCGAUGGUGCUGAUAGUUAUUAUUAUCCCACGAUUUGCAGCAAUGUUCUUGUUCUGGAAUGAAGUUGAUGCAGUUGUUCAGUCAUUUUCUACGCAAUUAGUUUUCAUAGUUGUGUUUUUCAAACUAAUGGUCUUACACUUUGGUAAUGAAGUUCUAGUUGACUUAUUGGGGACGAUGGAAAAUGAUCUAUCAACAGAAUUAACGGAAAAGCAAUACACAUUAGUAUUCAAAACCGCAAAAAUGGCUAGAACAAUUUCCAUGUUCAUCGGAAUCGGUACAAUUUGCGUUGUCAUCACGGGUAUUGUCUCCCUGAAAUUGUAUCAUUUGGAUAGCUUCUACAUAAAGAAUCCAGAUUCUCGAUUGUCGACGAAUUUUUUUUUCGUCGCAUAUCUACCCUUCAACACAACGUCGAUAGUUAUCUACACGACAAUACUCUCAAUUCAGUUUUAUGUUUCUGUGAUAUCUACUGGCAUUCAUCUCAUACUUGACAGCUUCGUUGUGAUGCUUAUACUUCAUAUUUGUGGACAGCUCCAGGUCAUUCACGAAACCCUCACGCAUUUGGUGAAGGAUAUUUUCGGGCUUGAGAAGGAGAAUUUCAAGAUCGCUUAUCAAGCUGUUCUGAUAAAGCAUCAAUCAGUUUGCCGGUUCACCAGGAGCUUAGAUGAAUUAUUCAACUUCACGUGGUUUCUUGAGCUGUUGAACUGUACGUUGACAUUGUGUUUCCAAGUAUACACUGUUCAAAAGCUUCUUCACAGCGAUCACUCCAGUAUCUUUCAAAUGGGCUUCCCGCUGUGCACAACCCUCGGUCUACUGUCACAAUUUUUUCUCAAUUGUUGGACCGGUGAAUAUCUCAUGUCACAGAGUGCAGAGGUCGGCUUCGCGUACUACAGGAGUAAAUGGUACACACUGUUCCCUUCUGAUGCUCGUUCACUCAUGAUGAUUGGCCACCAGGGACUACGACCCUUGACAUUGACAUCGUGGAAGUUUUCAAUACUCUCUCAGAGACUUUUUCUCCAGGUCAUGAAGGCGUCAUUUAGCUAUCUCUCCAUGUUACUGGUGAUAACAGACUCCUAGUGCCUCAAUGCUACGUAAAUUUGUAUCUGAUGUCUCUCAGUCUUGAAUACACUAAUUUUCAAAAUAAAUAUGGAGUACUUUAUCAUACCAUAAGCGCGACUAAUGGGAAUAUGCGGAUUAUUUUUAAAGUUCUGAACUCAUUGUACGGUGAAUCCCCCCAUACAACUGCGCUUCACUCAUAAUCAUCGUAUAAUGGUCUUGCCACGCAAUCCUGCAUUAAACUUUUUAAUCUGCCUCAUUAUUAUUGCAAGAUAAUUACGAGAGCGCGGAAAAAAAUCGAUGAGGUUCUCGAGCUUCUCAGUGACAAUCCGCAUGUUGAAGGGAAAGCUUCAUGAGGAUCAAAUCAUAG